CUCAUCGUCGUCCCACAGAUGGAACUGACUUGUCCUCGAUCAGCCUUCCAGAACGUCAUCACCGUUUACAUUCUAUCUAAGACCUAUAACUGGAUCACUUCUGUUUACGAUUUUAAUUCACGCCUCCACUCUCCGCUCUGAGGCUUUCCUUUAUCUCUGUUUACUUCUUCCUCUACGGGGAAUUGUGAGAGUUGUGGAAAGCAGCUGAUGUGGGUUAGUGGAAGGCAGUGGAUUAGUGGUUCAGGUGGUGAUUCGUAUGUCUCCUCCUCCUUUUCUGCUGGAGUCUGAGCAGAGUCAUGAGAAGAGUCUGAGCCAAACACCUGAGAGGAUACAGACGUGACCGCACGAAGGAAACACAGUGAACUGACUGUUAUGGAAGACGUUCCACUGAAAAUGCCACAUGGUGCCUCACAGGAAAACAUAGAGGGUGUGAAAGUUACUGUCCCGGAUUAUCUCAACAUCCUGCAGGAUACAGAGUACGAGUUCAGCCUGGAGAACUGGGUGUUGACAGGGCUGCAGAGUGGCUUCAUCCACCAGCAGCGACCUCAUGUGUCCUCCUCCACAUCAGGGCUGCAUCCGUCCUGCCCCCCCUACUGGAUGAUGUUCAGCAGCCCCCAGCAGAGCCGCCUCGCCAGCCGUCACAGCUCAGACUUCUGGGAGCCCAAUCCUCGCCAGCGCUCCCACAGCCUCAACCCUGCCGUCCUCCGCACCAAGUUUACCAUCUCGGACUCAGAUGACGAAGGAGAUACGUCGUUGAAGAAGGGCUACCAUCCUCCUGCUCAGUGUCAGCGAAGUAAAGCACAGAAAGCCUUCGUUCCUGACCUGCUGAACCCCCCCGCCUGCCUCAGCAGCCUGCCACACCAACGCAGGAAGAACCUGCGCCAGUGUUCCCUGUCAGCAUCCCCGAAACAGAGUGUUCUCGAAGUAGACAGCCAAUCCCACAAUGCAUCAGUACACAGAUCACCAAACAUCAGGUCCAUUUCAGUGGACCAGCACCCCCGUAUCGAAGACCAAUGGCCAACACAUAUGAAGUCACUCAGUCCAAAUUCCUGUACAAAUCCCUCUGUGACCUCCCGCCCCCUGGGUUUCCCCACCGCCAGUUCGGAUUCGUCGGCGGAGCUCCUCUCAGCUCUGAGUCCUGAGGAGAGGGAGCUGCUGGAGGCCAUCACCGCCAGUGGUUACCCCCUCCGCACGGCCAUCAUUGCCCUGCAGAAAACAGGCCGGCAAACCCCAGAACAGAUCUUGAGCUACUUGGUGGCAUGUGACCAUCUCUGUCAACUGGGUUACGAUAUGGUCCAGGUAGAAGAGGCUCUGGAGAUGUUUCAGAACUGUGAAACCAAGGCUGAGGAGUUUCUUCACCUCCUGAGUCAGUUCAAUGAGAUGGGCUUCCAGCAGAACGCCAUCAAAGAAGUGCUGCUCGUCCAUGAAAACCACCGUGAACGGGCCCUGGAGGAGCUGAUGAUGCGUGUGGCGUGACGUCGGAUCACGCAGACCAGAAAUCUAACAUGACUGAACUGUAAUUAAACUGCAGCAUACCUGUGAUUUUUUUUUUUUUUCUUUUUUUUAACAGCAAAGUACGGUACUGUUGUAUCUGAAAGAACUAUUAAACACACGUCAUUACAGCUGAGGAUGGAUGGUGGCCUUUGCGAAGGAGAUAUGGGAUAUAAAUACUUUUUAUAUUAGUUUCAUAUGAGGUGCUCAUAUUGCACAUUUUUCAUUAUUUGCUUAUUAAUGUUUUCUUUGGCUAAAAAUGUUUAUUACAUUCACUCAUUGUUAUGCUACAUUUACUGGCUCCAUUUAUAAAAAGUGAUCUGAGUAGAUUUAUUUCUGUCAAAUUCAUUAAAACUGUAUUACAAAAUGACA